GUUAAAUAUUUUUCACUGACAAUCAGCACGUGUUUAUCAUAAAAUAAUAAACAACUUGUUAUCAGCUGGUUAUGUAAUGAUUUCACGCGCUUGCGUGAUGUCCUUUCUGCAAAUGUCAAAUUGUCAACACAAAAACAUAACCUCAAAACAUGGUCCGGUUUAAAAACAGGUACUUUACAUUAGAGAUAACAUCAGCUGUUAAUCCAAAUAAGCCAUUGAUUUUAAAGACAACAGCAUUGCAUCACGCAAUUCAAAAACAAGUGCAUUAUGAUUAUGGUGAUUUUGGACAAGCUGCGAUAAAUGCUGGAUUUAAUGCAAAAUAUUGCAACGCACAAACAGGAAUUGCUCUUGUAAAAGUUCGUCAUGGACCGCACAAAUUUUUACUCACUUCUGUUCCAAAUAUCAAAAAACUUGGUGAUCACACGGUGAACGUGAAAAUUUUAUAUGUCGGAGCAACUCUCAGACACUGUUUUCUGUUUGUUAAAAAACAUCAACAGAAAAAAUUAGAUGAGAUUUGGAAAAGUUUAAAAACUGACGAGCAACGACAACAAAUGGAAGAUAUUUUCUUAGGCAUGACACCUGCCAUGAAAGAUUUUAAGUAAAUAUUAAUAUUAAUUAAUUAAUAAUAAAAAAAAAUGUGAUUUACAUUUUAUUACGUUAAUGUAAAUUUAAAACAAUAUUUUUUUUUUUGUAAAUAUAUUUUUAUUACGCAAAUGUUAAAAUUUACAUUAAUCUAUUUUAUAAAUAUAUAUAUGUAAACAAUU